CUGCUCUGCACCGAGUUAACAUCAGGCUACCGCACGAGGGAGGGCUGAGGAGUACAAGAUGCACUUUCUGAGCUUCACACCCAUCGUUUUACUACAGCUGACUUUCCUCGCUGUACUUCAUGGUGCCAAGUGGACAUACAGUGGGCCAGAAGGAGAGCACCACUGGCCCAAGCAUUAUCCAUAUUGUGGUGGAGCUUUCCAGUCUCCAAUAAACAUCCAGUCAGAGCUUCUAAGGUUCGACCCAACUUUGCGUCCAAUUGAGAUUCAAAACUACAACCUGUCGCCAAACGAGCAGCUUACACUUGGAAAUAAUGGGCAUUCUGUACAAAUAUCACUGCCCUCUAAGAUGCACAUCUCCAGCCUGCAUCAUCGUUACACUGCAGCUCAACUUCACUUCCACUGGGGCUCCUCCAGCAGACAGGCAGGCUCUGAACACACAGUGAACAGUAAGCAGUAUGCAGCAGAGAUGCAUGUAGUUCACUUCAAUUCAGACAAGUAUCCCAAUAUGUCCAUGGCUGUAGACAAAUCUGACGGCCUGGCUGUGCUGGGUGUCCUGGUUGAGGUUGGAGAGUUCAAUCCGGCCUUUGAACAGUUUCUGAAGUUCAUCAAUGGUAUCAAAUACAGGGAUCAGAGAGUGCAGGUGCCCGGUUUCAACAUCAGAGCGCUGCUGCCUGCACGUUUGGAUGAGUAUUACCGCUAUGACGGUUCACUGACGACUCCUCCGUGCUAUCCCAGUGUCCUGUGGACAGUGUUCAGGAAUCAUGUCACAAUAUCUCGCAAACAGUUUCUAGCGCUGGCAACAUCCCUCUACUCCUCCCAUGCCCAGGACUCAGCCCCCGUGCCUCUGAAUGGAAACUAUAGGAAACCACAGCUCGCCGACAGCCGAAUUGUGCUGGUAUCUUUUAAGGAGGGCAGAGGACUGCAAGGUACUCUUACGGUCACAUCUCCACUCAUGAGGAAGCGAAUCAUUCAGCAGCUGCUGGUUGGUGACCUAGCCGACCUGGCUGAUGAAGGGCUCCACCAACUUCUACCAAUUGGCUCAGAGAAGCUCCAUGUUGGCAAGAAAAAAGACCUCAAGAACCAGCAGACUCUGGCCAAAUUCAAACCACAAACAUUGAAUCCAUCCCUUUGGAAGAAGGGUCAGACAAACCGCUCUGUGGGAAAGUUCGGGCUGGCUGAAGAAGCAUUGUGCUACAUCUCUCUGGAGCACAGAGUGUUACAUCAGCUCAAACUGUCUCACUCUGAGAACCAGCUGGUUCAGGCUCUCAGAGAUGCUGCUUUUCCCGAGCUCAAUCUCAAGAGCUACCUGGACUGUAAAUCAGACUUGGCCCUCCCCACUAUCAGACACAUUCUCCGUGGACGGCCAACAGAUGAGGCUUUUGAGUUAGAUCGCUCCCUGACAAAAGCCUUGAUGAAUAAGAGAAAGAUUUCCACAGCAAUCAAACAAAGUGUGCCAGUGACAAACUAUGGCAGUUCCCCCCCUGCUACUGUUCCCAUGAAACCACACAGCCAGGGUUAUCCACAUCCUUGGCUUUUGCCAAUGGAGUGGGAAGACUAGAGAAAUUCCUGACUGCUGCGACUCACAUUAUGUCACUUUGUGUAGCAGACUCAGUUGUGUGUCCCACAAUGAAAGACACAUUUUCAAGUCAAGCGCUGCAAUCCUUUGGCCAAUCUUUCUUACAAAUGUAUUUAACAUUAAAUUAUUUUUUCUCCAGUAUGUGCACAUAGUUAUAUUACGUCUCUAAUGGAAACCUUUUGUAUGAAAUAAGUUAACUGUAGUUAUUGUUUUUGCAAACAUACGCCAAUGCAUAUGCAGUCAUCACCAGUGACUAGGCUGUAAGCAGAUUCUAUAAUGUUAAGCCAAUCUCAAUAUGUAGAUUGUUGUCAUGAAAAUCUGCAAUAAUGAGAAACAUUUACUUUCUCACAAUGGGCUUUAGGUAUGUUUGUAUAAUGUUGCCUUGCUUUAAAAUAAACAGCUACAAAGCAAACAUGGUAUGGUACACAAAAUGUCUGGCACAGAAUUUUUAUAUCAUACAGUACGCCAAGUUCUGUUCUAUAGUAUGGUAAUUGCCGAGCUGUACUAGCAAUUACAGUCUUGCACAAUAUAGAGAUGCAGCUAAACCAAAAUAAUUUGCAAGGGCUUAAGCGCUUUACGUCAUAUCCCUGUCUGUCACAAUCUGUUCUUCUUUUCAAAAUGUAAUUUACAACAAGUAAAGAAUCAGCUACUGUUCAUAGGGAACUAUUUUCAAUAAAAGCAU